UGCUAAAAAUAAAAUAAAAGCCCCCCUGGACUGGACUGGACCGGACCGGACCGGACUGGACUGACUUCCCCUGAGAAUUUCUCCCCUGCCCUUAAUCCAACCCAGAGAUCUCCUCCUUUCCCUCCCACCCCAAAACCCUAAAGAAAUUCUCCCCAUGACCCUUCUCCCCUAACAACAAGAACACUCUUCUUCUCUGCCCCAAGAUCGUACGUGUUAAGUUUAUACUACUCUUCCAUUGACCCUCCAAUCUUUGAUUUUUGUCCCGCCUUUCUGGCCCCGUCGCCGGCAGCUGGUGCUCUUCCUUCGCCCCCCAUCUGCUUCUCUUCUUGCUUUGAGUUUGGGCCUUGUAAAACUAACUACUCACUUCACAGUGCUAUUCCUAGCUGGGUAGUUAAUAGUAUGGAAAGACGUUCGAUCCUCGAAGUCCACAUCAUCUCCGCUCAGAAACUGAAACCGCCGCCUUCUAACAUGCGCCGCACGGAGACCUACGCCGUCGUGUGGGUAGACCCUGCCACUAAGCUUCGGACGCGUGUCGACAGGGUCGGGGGCGAGAACCCCACCUGGAACGACAAGUUCUUCUUCCGGGUCUCCAACGAGUUCCUCGCCGGCGACACCUCAGCUGUCACCGUCGACAUAUUCGCCGUCGGUUACAUCAGGGACUACCCCGUUGGAUCCGCUCGGCUGCUCCUCAGCAACGUCCUCUCCACCUCCGAUGCCGGCACCAAAACCCCUUCUUUCACCGCCCUCGGAAUCCGGCGUCCAUCGGGAAAGAUCCAUGGGGUGCUGAACCUUGGGGCGACACUGAUCAACGGCUCGGAUUUCGCGGCGCUGAAGGGAGGGACGGCAAUCGGUUACCGAGACCUGAUGGGAGAGAAUCUCCGUCCGAAAAGGGAGGGCCGCCGCCGCAAGAAGUUGAGCUCCGAGGCGGUGCUCACCUCCUGUGCCGAGUCGUGCGAUAACUCUUGCUGCUACUCCGCCGAUUUCUCGGACGGCUGUGAUUCGACGACCUCCUCAUCUUCAACCGCAUCAACGGUCCUCAAGGAGUGGAACGGGUUACGGGAGUUGGCGGGAAAGAGCGCGCGGAGGGCUUCCAUCGGUGGCGGGUUCCUGUGCGGGCUACUUCUUCAGAGAUAAGUUGAAAUCGUGUUCUUGUGACCGUCCGAUUGCAUCUCAGGACGAGUUCAUCGACGACCCUCCUUCAGCAGCAUGCCUGCGUUAGUAUCAAUCACGUGACACGUCGGAUCGCGGGACCCACCAGUGGACCGUCAGUGAUGCUGAGUGGAUUCUGAGCUCCUCAACGGCACCGGUGAUACCGUUAGUUUUAGUUCAGUCGGAGCCGAUUCCGUUUUGGUAGUUGAGAGCCCUCAAUUCGCCAAGAAUUCAAUUUGAUUGUAGAAGAGAUGGCCUAUUAGCCAGUGAUUGUUUGUCUGUUCCGUGUUAUGUUGUCCCAUAAAUUUUUCUAAUCCGAUAUUUGUUCUUUAAAUCCUA